AUGCUCCGAAGUACAGUAACACUACUGCUCCUCGUUCCUACCGUCAGGGCUCAAGCCCAGAUGAAUGGAAUCGACUAUUUUAAUUCACUAUUUCCAAGAUUCACUAUGGCCCCGCCUCGUAUGGAUUUCAACCUGAUUCCUUCAGUUGGCCCAGAUUCCAAUCUAAUCCCUCCAAGUCCGUAUCGGGGAGUGGCACUUAAUCCCAACUGGGGAGCAGAUCUAACAAAGCAAUUGGAAGAAGCUUGGAAUUCUCUCAGAAAUGCUGGCGUUGAGAUGAAUGACAUAGUAUCACUUGGUGGAUGGGGAGUGCUAGUGGACACAGGGAACGGAGUCACUUCUGUGCGAUCGACAAUCGGCGAUAUACCUUAUACAGCUCAGUUCCCAAGAGGAAGUUCGAUUCACACUUCGAAAAACCAGUAUGUUCAAAAUGGACAUCAAAUCGAAGUGUUCACGAUUACAGUCGACGGUGUUCCAUACACCUAUACUACGGUUGACGGUCACACAACAGCCACCGACGCCCAAGGAAGGAUACUCACUGACGGUGGCCCAUUUAAGGUUCCCUAUCCCUAG